AAUGGCCACUCACUCCCACCAUCAAUAGUUCUGUCUUCUCCCAAUGGCCACAUCGCCUUCUUCCAAUUACUCUGCUCUCGUCAGCUAUUGAACCCGUGAUUCCAUCCCCCAUCCCCCAUCCCCCAUCCAAACUGUAUCUAUGUGAAAACGUAUAAGUUUCUCGAUUCUUGAUUUUAAGGUCAAUGGCUGUCAUUUGUCGAAUUAGUCAAUUAUUGCUUGGCGCACAACGAUUCUUGUUGCAAUUACCCAAAACCCUCCCUCAAAUCAAUAAUCAAUUCCCUCCCACUUACGAGUCACGAUGCCACCCAGAAAGUCUAUAAAAAGGCUUCCUUCAUGGGCCACAAACUCUGCCAAACCCUUCUAUCGAUCAAAGCUCUGCUACAUUUCCAUGGCUUCAGCUUUCUCUCUCGCUCUCAUCCUCUCCCUCGUCCUAUUCUUCACCCUCUCCUCCGCUUCACGCCACCGGAGGACCCACUCCCCUUCGGUUUCUACCUCCCCUGCCGUGGGUUUACCGGCUGCCGCCCGCGAUGCCUGCAAGGUCUCGGUCGACCCACCGGCUUGCGAGGCCGCACUGGUUGCCACGGGUCAGGUGCCCACCGACCCGACGGCGGUCCAGAUCAUCCAGUCAGCCAUGAGGGUCUCUUCUGAAAACCUGAAGCAGGCGGAGUCCAUGGUGAAGAGCAUCCUGGGCGAGUCCUCCGACAACAAGAACCGAUCCGACGCGGCGAAGACGUGUCUUGAGCUCUACGGGUACGUGGAGCGUCGUAUGGAAUCUGUGGGCGAUGCCCUGACGAGCGGCAAGAUCAAAGACGCCCGGGCGUGGAUGAGCGCCGUCCUCGUGUACCACUACGACUGCUGGUCAGCGCUCAAGUACGUCAACAACACCGCGCUGGUGAACAGCACGAUGGCGUUCACAAACUCGCUCAUCGGACUCACCAGCAACGCGCUGGGAAUGCUGGUGAACUACGACCGCAACGGGAAACAAACCGGGUCAUGGGGCCCGGUCAAAACGGAGCGCGACGGCUUCUGGGAGGGGACUGGCAGUUCCGGGUCGGGUAUCAACGGCGGAGUUCCCGCCGGAUUGACGCCGGAUGUAACCGUUUGCCCCGACGGAGAAAGCUGCAAGUACAAGAAAAUCCAAGAUGCGGUUAAUAGCGCCCCCAAUUUCAGUCGGGACCGGAAGUUUGUGAUACUCAUAAAGGCCGGCGUUUACGAGGAGAUAGUUCGGGUCCCUUUCGAGAAAACGAAUGUGGUGUUUCUAGGGGAAGGCAUGGGCAAAACUGUCAUUACGGGAUCUUUGAACGUGGGCAUGCUUGGAGUUAGUACCUAUAAUUCUGCCACAGUCGGUGUUGUUGGGGAUGGAUUCAUGGCGAGUGGUGUGACGUUCCAGAACACGGCAGGGCCUGAUGCUCACCAAGCAGUGGCCUUCCGAUCAGACAGCGAUCUUUCCAUUGUAGAAAACUGUGAAUUCCUCGGCAAUCAAGACACUCUCUACGCCCAUUCCCUGCGCCAAUACUACAAGUCUUGCCGUAUCCAAGGCAACGUGGACUUCAUUUUUGGCAACUCUGCCUCUUUCUUCCAAGACUGCACCAUCCUGGUCGCCCCCAGGCAAGUCAAGCCCGAGAAGGGCGAAAACAAUGCCGUCACAGCUCACGGCAGGAUUGACCCGGGCCAGUCCACAGGCUUUGUCUUCCAGAACUGCGUCAUUAAUGGCACUGCGGAGUACAUGAGGUUGUAUUUCAGCAAGCCUAAGGUGCACAAGAAUUACUUAGGGAGGCCGUGGAAGGAGUACUCCAGGACGGUUUUUAUAAAAUGUACUUUGGAAGCUCUGAUUUCACCGGACGGAUGGAUGCCGUGGAGUGGUGAUUUCGCGUUGAAGACUCUGUAUUAUGGGGAGUUCCAGAACACCGGGGCGGGAGCUACGACGUCGGGACGUGUGAAUUGGAGCAGCCAGAUUCCGGCCGAACAUGUAUCAUCCUACUCUAUAGACAACUUCAUUCAAGGUGAUCAAUGGAUCCAUACAUCUUCCUAAUUACUCCUAUUGUAUUGAAUGAUUGUUAUAGAAAUAGGUAUGUGGUUGUAGUAUUGCAGGCAUACAUGUAACAUGAUGAGAAUGAAACUAUAUAUGCCAUUUCCAGCCCCCACCAGAACCUACCUAGCUAUGUAUGUAAUUACAACUUUAGUUUACUCUUGUCAAAUUAGUACU